GUCUGCAAAACGGUGUAUUCAUCACGUUUCUCAAAGGGGCUCCAACUUCGUAAAGGAAACCUAGUAGGCAACGCAGCAGACGUCGAGUCGUCCAAUGUCCGCGGCAAAACCGAUACGCGGGGUAGUGAACAACGCAAAGUUCAAAGAUCCCGCAGAUGUGGCCCUGCAAAAUGGCCCCUACCUGGAAACAGCGUCUACCGACGAAGGGGACUUGAUAACCCGCCGAUCUCCGCCGGGAACCCCUACACCGCUGCAUAAGGAGGCUCACGCAAAUGGUGUCAGCGGGGAUGCGAAUCAGAAGCAAGGGGACAACCUCUCGGUUCCUGCCGCACGACCUGCGGGCAGGGUUCGUGCAAACUCUUUCUCGGCUCGUCCGUCGUUGAUGGACUGGGAGACGCUUCAAGAAAGUCAGAACUCGUUUCGAGGAUUUUUUACGCUCGUAUGGAUGACAAUGGCCGCGUAUAUGAGCUUGAAUCUUUUCAACAACUGGAAGAAUGAUGGCCAGUUCAUCGGGACCCAUCUUGCGACGCAGAUGUUCUCGGAGAGCUGGGACUUCCUCUUCUCCGAAAUAGUCCUCAUCAUGAGCUUGUUCUCCGUCUUCUUCUUUACAAAAUUCUUGGUCUCUAUCCGAAGCGUCUUUGCAAAAGGCUCGCUCACGCCACGAGUGGUUGCACGCGCCAUCCAGCACACUUACCAGACCAUCUGGUUCGGUAUCGCACUGUAUUGGGUGUACAACCGUGACAAUUGGAGUUGGACGCAGAAAGGGUCAUUCACCAUCCACACAAUGGCGAUGUUACUGAAGCAGCAUUCGUAUAUGUCAUACAACGCUGAGAUGCUGCACAAGUGGACGAAGGUGCAGCAGUACAAGAGGAGGAUGGACGAGCUGGCGGGUUCAAUGAAGAAAUUGAAUGAUGCCUCUUCCGAACUUGCGCCGAGCAACAAGGAAUGGGAGGAAUGCAAAGAGAAAGCCCAGGAAACGCAGGUGGAGCUACGGAAGGGAAACACGGAGUUCCCCAAGAAUGUCACUUUCUACAACUUCAUCGACUAUCUCUUAGUACCGACGUUAGUGUACGAACUGGAGUAUCCUCGUACCAACAGAAUUCGUCCGUGGUAUGUUUUCGAGAAGACGGCCGGGUUCCUUGGCGUGUGCAUGUGCCUUUACAUCACAAUCGAACAUUUGAUAUAUCCUGUGUUGAUGAACAUGGGAUCGAUCACUUUUGUCGAGAGCUUGACGCAACUGCUCAUUCCGUUCAUGGUUGCAUACAUGAUGAUCUUCUAUCUGAUUUUCGAGUGCGUGUUAUGCUGGUUCGCCGAAAUGACACGAUUCGCAGAUCGCCAGUUCUACGACGACUGGUGGAACAGCGUCACGUUUGACGAAUAUGCGCGCAAAUGGAACAAACCCGUCCACGAGUUCCUCCUCCGCCACGUCUACCUCGAAUCCAUCUCGCAGUACAAGCUGUCGAAGAACAAUGCGACUUUCCUUACGUUCUUCUUGUCCAGUUGUCUGCAUGAAGUUGUCAUGGUCGUUCUCUCGAAGAGGUUGCGGAUGUACCUGUUUAUCAUGCAGAUGCUGCAGAUUCCACUGAUUUACGUGUCGAGGUGGUCCAAGUUGAAGAAGCAUCCACGAUGGGGCAACGGUUUCUUUUGGUUUGCAAUGUACACGGGGCCACCGCUGCUCGGCAUUGCGUACUGCAGAGAAGUAUUCGUAUAGCCAACUGGAGGCAUCCAAGCCGUUUUUGGGACAGUCGCCCGAAACCCACCGACGAUCGCAGACCUUUGUAGCGUUAGACUUUUGAUGAUGGUCCGCCGUUUAGCCACACGUAGACAAUGGUUCGCAUUUAGUUACUCGCCCAUGAACCCCACAGUCAUUAUUGUUAUAGUGUUGCA